CUUUUCUUUCAUCUAGACGAAAAUAGUUUAAUGGAAAAAUUUAAUUUAAGUUUUAUUAAUUGAUUUAAGGAUAAAAUAAGAGUAAAAUAUCACGAAAAGUUACAUUAAUAUGAGUGUAAUAUCGAUAUUGUGAAGUACGAGAUUUUUAUCAAUGAACAAUUCCUGAAAAAGUGUGAAAAAAUAUCAGAUUGGAAAAGUUUUGUAAAAUUGACUCUUUAAGUUAAUAUGAAAACUAAAUCAAUGGAAAUCAGUAUAGACGAUUAAGUACUAUAGUCUUCGUUUCAUAUCUUCAACAAAAUUUCGUUGUUACAUUAUUGAGAAAAUACAAGUUUCAAAUUGCUAAUUUUAAAAGCUAUGGGGCUGCAUCGAGCAGCAACAAAUAUCUACUUAUUUAUAACAGUGAUUGCCCUUUUAUGGAUAGCUGAAACAAUUAAUGCGUCUCAUCCGCCUGAAAUAAUAAAGAAGCCAGUGAGUCAGGGAGUUAAAGUUGGGGGAGUGGCAACAUUUUUCUGUUCAGCACGAGGGGAUCCACAACCAUCCAUCAAUUGGAGAAAAAACGGAAAGAAGGUUUCAAGCACCCAAAGUCGAUAUACAGUUCUGGAAUCAAAUGGAAUAUCCAUAUUACGUAUUGAGCCUGUGAGAGCAGGAAGAGACGAUGCUCCUUACGAAUGUAUCGCUGAAAAUGGUGUGGGUGAUGCUGUUAGUGCAGAAGCAACUUUAACUGUAUAUGAAGUUGAUAAAGCACCAUCAGGAUUUCCAACAAUUGAGACUGGAACGAACAGUCGAGUCAUUGAAAUCGGUCAUACGGCUGUUCUACAAUGCAAAGCACAUGGAAAUCCACCACCUAAAGUUUAUUGGCUAAAGGACAUGAAAAAAGUCGAUAUGUCAUCACGUUACACCAUUUUAGACGGUUCAUUGCAAAUAUCACAAAGUGAAGAAGCUGAUCAGGGAAAAUAUGAAUGCGUAGCGGAAAAUGCUGUCGGAACGGAGCAUUCGAAAGUCAUAAAUCUAUAUGUGAAAAUACGACGAGUUCCACCCCAGUUCUCGCGACCUCCAGACCCCAUAUCUGAGGUAAUGCUUGGGGGCAGCUUGAAUUUAACUUGCGUUGCUGUCGGAUCUCCAAUGCCAUUUGUAAAAUGGCGAUUACAAGAUGAGGAUUUAACUCCCGAAAAUGACUUACCUGUUGGAAAGAGCAUUCUAGCAUUGAAUGACAUUCGAACUAGUGCCAAUUAUACUUGUGUUGCAUCAUCAAGUUUAGGGGUGAUUGAGGCAAAUGCUGUUGUGAAAGUUCAAUCACUUCCUAUUGCACCGACGGAUUUAAGGAUAUCAGAAGUAACUGCAACAACAGUCAGAUUGGAAUGGAGUUAUAAAGGAACAGAAGAUUUGCAGUACUAUGUACUUCAACAUAAACCAAAGAAUGCUAAUCAAGCUUAUAGCGAAACUAGUGGCAUAAUAACAAUGUUUUAUGUUGUACGAGGUCUCAGUCCUUAUACCGAAUAUGAGUUCCAUGUUAUCGGUGUGAAUAAUAUUGGAAGGGGCCCACCAUCAGCCGCUGUUUCAGCAACAACAGGCGAAACAGAAAUGGAAAGUGCCCCCAGAAACAUUGAAGUUAGACCAUUAAGCUCAUCAACAAUGGUUAUAACUUGGCAAAGUCCAGAUCAACCUAAUGGGUUAAUCAACGGAUAUAAAGUCUAUUAUACCACAAAUCCUACUCAGCCUGAGGCAUCAUGGAACUCACAAAUGGUCGAUAAUAGUGAAUUAACAACUAUUUCUGACUUAACGCCACUCGCUAUUUAUACAAUAAGAGUACAAGCAUUUACUUCUAUGGGCGCAGGUCCCAUGUCGAAUCCUGUACAAGUUAAAACACAACAAGGUGUGCCAUCACAACCAAGCAAUUUUCGUGCAAUUGAUAUAGGAGAGACAGCAGUCACAUUGCAAUGGAAUAGACCAUCACAUAGUGGUGACACAAUUGUUCAUUUUGAACUAUACUAUAAUGAUACAUAUGCAAAUGAACAACAUCAUCAACGAAUUCCAAAUGUUGAAACUUAUACAUUAAGUGGAUUGUAUCCAGAUACAUUGUAUUAUAUUUGGUUAGCUGCUAGAUCACAACGUGGAGAAGGUGCAACUACUCCUCCCAUACCUGUUAGAACUAAACAAUAUGUGCCAGGAGCGCCACCACAAAACAUUACCGCAACUGCCACAAGCUCAUCAAAGAUCAAAGUAUCAUGGCAACCUCCGCCUCAAGAUCGAGCUAAUGGUCGUAUAAUGUAUUACAAGUUAUUUUUUGUCGAGGAAGGAAGAUUAGACACUGACGCUGAUUCUAUAAAGUUAUGGAACGUAACAGAAUUUGAAUUGGAUGAAAUGAAGAAAUGGACAGAAUAUAAGAUUUGGAUAUUAGCUGGCACUUCCGUUGGUGAUGGACCACGAUCGAUACCGAUUAAAUGCAGAACUCACGAGGAUGUGCCUGGUGAGCCGACUUCUGUGGUAGUAAGAGCUAUCAAUUCUACAACAAUUCAUGUUUCAUGGAGACCUCCGGCAGAGAAGGAUAGGAAUGGUAUCAUUCGAGGUUAUCAUAUACAUGUACAUGAAACGAAGGAAGAAGGCAAAAGCUAUUUCAAUGAACCGAUGAAAUUUGAAAUUCUUGAUGGUGUUAUGGAAUACAAUAUUACAAGCUUACAACCCGAUACAAAAUAUUCUGUACAAGUUGCUGCUUUGACAAGAAAGGGUGAUGGUGAUAGAACGCAAGCUGUCAUUGUCACGACACCCGGCGGAGUUCCAAUUCGACCCGUUGUCAAAUUAAAAGUCUUGGAGCGCGAUCCAACAGUGUCAAUUGAACUUGAAUGGGAUAGACCAGCACAAACUUAUGGUGAAUUGCGUGGUUUUCGCGUGCGGUGGGGUGUUAAAGAUCAUCAUAAAUUGCAUGAAAGUAUGUUAGGUCCUGAUACACUUACAAAAAGCAUUAAAGAUUUAGAGCGUGGAAUUGAAUACGAAUUCCGAAUUGCCGGAACAAAUCAUAUUGGCAUUGGUCAGGAAGCUGUAAAAUAUUAUACAACACCUGAGGGGCUCCCAACAGGUACACCAACUAAUAUUACACAUAGAUUUCAAACGCCAGAUGUACUCUGUAUUUCUUGGGACCCACCGUUGAGAGAACAUCGUAAUGGUCAAAUAUUACGAUACGACAUCCAAUUUCAUAAGAAAAUCGAUCACGGUCUAGGUACGGAGAGAAAUACAACAAUACGUAAAGCUGUAUUUGCAAAUCUUGAUGAAAGUGCAGAAUAUGUUGUGCGCAUUAGAGCAUACACAAAACAAGGUGCUGGUCCAUUCAGUGAAAAGAUAAUUAUUGAAACAGAACGUGAUAUGGGAAGAGCACCAAUGAUGGUGCAAGCAAUAGCAACGUCAGAACAAACCGUUGAAGUUUGGUGGGAGCCUGUACCGUCGAGAGGAAAGUUAAUAGGAUAUAAGAUUUUUUAUACUAUGACAGCUGUUGAGGAUUUAGAUGAAUGGCAAACAAAAACUGUUGGAUUAACUGAAUCAGCAGAUUUAGUUAAUUUAGAGAAAUUUGCUCAGUAUGCUAUCGCAAUAGCGGCACGUUUUAAAACUGGUCUUGGAAGGCUGAGUGAGAAAGUAACUGUUAAAAUAAAGCCUGAAGAUGUUCCACUUAAUUUAAGAGCUCAAGAUGUUAGUACACACUCGAUGACACUCACAUGGUCAUCGCCCAUUAGAUUAAAUCCAAUUCAUUAUAAAAUCAGUUUUGAUGCAAUAAAAGUUUUUGUCGAUGCACAAGGCAUUACACAGCAGCAAACGAUUCCACGACGAGAAGUUCAAAUACCACAACACAAAACGUCUCAUACAAUUAAUGAACUGUCUCCAUUUACCACAUAUUAUGUGAAUGUGUCUGCUGUCCCUGCAGAUUAUUCUUAUCGACCGCCAACAAAAAUUAGUGUGACGACACAAAUGGCUGCACCGCAGCCCAUGGUUAAGCCCGAUUUUUAUGGUGUUGUAAAUCAUGAGGAGAUUCAAGUGAUAUUACCGCAGGCAUCAGAAGAAUAUGGUCCCAUUUCUCACUACUAUCUAGUCGUAAUACCUGAGGAUAAAUCAAAUUUACAUAAGCAGCCGGAUCAAUUUCUUACAGAAGAAUUAAAUCCUACGAGAUCAAAUAGACAUGACAUGUCAAAUGCACCAUAUAUUGCUGCAAUGUUCUUGCAAAGAAAUAUACCGUAUACAUUUCAUUUAGGCUCUGGUGAUACAUAUCAUAAUUAUACUAAUAAAAAAUUGGAGAGAGGAAAACGAUAUCGUAUAUUUGUAAGAGCAGUUGUGGAUACGCCUCAAAAGCAUUUAUAUACAUCGAGUCCGUUUUCUGAAUUUCUUGCACUCGAUAUGCGAGAAGCUCCGAUGGGAGAACCACCACAAAGACCAGACCCAAAUACACAUGUACAUGAUUCAGAUGUUCAUGUUAAUGUCAGUACAGCUGAUCAAGGUCUCAUAUGGGUUAUAGUUCCGAUUAUUGCGGCUUUUCUCCUCUGCUUCUUCCUGAUUGUUGUAUACAUUGUAAAACGUCGCAAUCAGCCGUGUAAAAAUCCCGAUACAGCUGUUACACGACCUCUGAUGGCAGCAGAUUUAGGUGGACCGGCUCCGACUGAUCCUGUUGACAUGCGUCGUUUAAAUUUCCAGACACCAGGAAUGAUACAUCAUCCUCCCAUUCCAAUAUCUGAACUUGCCAAUCACAUUGAAAGGUUAAAGACUAAUGGAAAUUUAAAAUUUUCACAAGAGUACGAGUCGAUAGAGCCAGGUCAACAAUUUUCAUGGGACAAUUCAAACAUGGAAAUCAAUAAGCCUAAAAAUAGAUAUGCCAAUGUUUGUGCAUAUGAUCAUAGUCGAGUUAUACUUCAACAACUAGAAGGGCAGCCAGGAAGUGAUUACAUUAAUGCUAAUUAUUGUGAUGGAUAUCGGAAACAUAAUGCUUACAUAGCUACUCAAGGGCCCUUACAAAAUACUUGCGCUGAUUUUUGGCGAAUGAUAUGGGAAGUUGAGUCAUCAACCAUUGUUAUGAUGACAAGAUUAGAGGAGAGAAUGAGGAAGAAAUGCGACCAAUAUUGGCCAACGCGCGGAACAGAAACAUAUGGUUUAAUGACAGUUACAAUUACGGCAACGCAGGAAUUAGCUACGUAUAGUAUUCGUACAUUCCAACUGACGCGUGCUGGUUCUAAUGAAUCUAGAGAAAUUAAACAAGUGCAAUAUACCUCUUGGCCAGAUCAUGGUGUUCCUGACAAUCCCGCUCCAUUUUUACAAUUUCUUCGACGCACAAAAUCCCUCACUCCUAGUGAGGCAGGACCUAUUGUUGUACAUUGUUCUGCAGGUGUAGGACGCACAGGUUGUUAUAUUGUAAUCGAUUCGAUGCUUGAGAGAAUAGAGAAAGAGAAAAUGGUUGAUAUUUAUGGUCAUGUUACAUGCUUAAGAGCACAAAGAAACUAUAUGGUUCAAACAGAGGAACAAUAUAUUUUUAUUCAUGAUGCAUUGCUUGAAGCGGCGAUUUGUGGCAAUACUGAAGUUGCUGCAACUGAAUUGCAUACACACAUACAAAAAUUGAUGCAAGUAGAUCCAUCUGAGAAUAUAACAUGCAUGGAGAUGGAAUUUAAAAAAUUAUCCAAUAUUAAAAUUGAUUCAUCGAAAUUUGUUACGGCAAAUAAUCCUGUCAACAAGGAUAAGAAUCGACUAGUCCAUAUAUUGCCAUUUGAAUCGACGAGAGUAUGUUUAUCUGUCGAUCGAGGAAUUGAAGGCUCUGAUUAUAUUAAUGCAAGCUUUAUCGAUGGAUAUCGCUAUAGAAUGGCUUAUAUUGCUACGCAAGCACCGCUUCCAAAUACAUCGGAAGAUUUUUGGCGAAUGCUUUGGGAACACAAUUCAACGAUUAUUGUUAUGCUUACUAAACUUAAGGAGAUGGGAAAGGAGAAGUGUACGCAAUAUUGGCCCGAUACACGUUCCGUUCGUUAUCAGUAUUAUGUAGUUGAUCCUGUGGCUGAAUAUAAUAUGCCACAAUAUAAAUUAAGAGAAUUCAAAGUUACGGAUGCCCGUGAUGGCUCGAGUAGAACUGUUCGUCAAUUUCAAUUUUUGGAUUGGCCUGAGCAAGGCGUACCAAAAUCUGGAGAAGGCUUUAUAGAUUUUAUAGGACAAGUACAUAAGACAAAAGAACAAUUUGGUCUUGAAAAUUCACCAAUUACAAUUCAUUGUUCAGCAGGUGUUGGAAGAACCGGCGUAUUUAUAACAUUAAGUAUUGUUCUCGAACGAAUGCAAUAUGAAGGAGUACUUGACGUCUUUCAAACUGUUCGAAUUUUACGUUCUCAGCGAAUUCAUAUGGUUCAAACAGAGGAUCAAUAUCAAUUUUGUUAUCGAGCUGCUCUGGAAUACUUGGGUUCAUUUGAUCAUUAUACAAAUUAAAGAGAUGGAAAAUAAUACAAUAUUAAAAAGUAGAAAAUGUGAUUAUAAGCAUUUCAUUUAGUAGGAUAAUUUUUCUUAAUCAAAGUAUUAUGUAGCGUAUAUCUUCUUAUUUUAAGGUACAUCACUCUUUUAAGAACGAUACAAAAGUUUUAAAGAUGGUUUCAUGUUAGCUCUAUGAUGAUGAUUUAAUUAUGGUUAUUAUCAGGAUCAAACUAUAUUGAGGUCGUCUGAUAUAAUUUUCCUUUUUACAACAUUAAGUUCUUUUUUAACUUUCCUAGAAGAUGCUACAAUAAUUAAAUUAACGCAAACUCAGAUGCUUUAUGUGAAUAGAAAGGGGUUGGGAAUGGGGAUGUCUAGAAGUAAUAAAUCGCACAAAGUAGUUCCUCCUGAUGCCAAAAUAACCUAGACCAAGGAACUAUAGAGCUAACAAGAUACCUCAUUUUAAAAUUCUGUAUCACUCGGGUCUGCAUUUUAUAUUUUAACAAAAAAAAAACUGGCUUCGUUUGUGAUUUAUGCUAUACAUAUACUUAUUAAAUUCCUCGUGUUUUUAGUCUGCAACAAAAAGGCAUUUUUAAUCGCGAAUGAUAAAGAAAUUACUUACACACCACAAUUAAAAUAAUUAUAAUAAUGAUGAUAACGAAUUUCAUGAGUGAAUGAAUCAAUUUUAUUACGAGAAAAAAAAAUAUUAAAAUUUUUAUGAUUUUUUGAUGUCGGUAAAUGAUAUGAUAUGAAAAAAAUAUUUUUCUGUGAUUUCGUUCAAUUAAAAAACCAAAAAAAAAGUGAAAAAAAAAUAUUUGGGAAUUAAAUCGAUAAAAAAAAAAUUUGGCACCGCAUUUUUGUUUGGAUUUUCUUUUUGUUCACUCAUUAAAUUCUAACUUAAAUGGAUAUACAUUUAUUAUACAAGGUUGUAAUCAAGGUAUUUGUAUGUUUACAUUUUUAUACUAUAAACUUUGUCUGGGAAAUUCAUUUUUUUUUUUGAUGAUAUCCCCAACUCAUUGUGUUAAUCCGACCGAAAAAUAAAUUUGGGACUUUUGUCGUUUUUAGAAAUGACAAUAAUUUCUGUUGGUUCAGAGUUUUUUAUUAUAAAAGUCAUUGGUGUAAACACAAAUAAUUCCCAUGGGCAGUGUUUUUAACAAGUACAACUUUUCUCACCUCAAAAGUUGGCUUUUCGGAUGCUGUGAUGAAAUUUCAAUUCUUUGCCAGAUAGUUUGAAUAGGAAUCAUAAUUGCAAUGGUACAAAAAUUAAGAAGAAUUAUUAUUGUGUGGGUUGUGGUAAAAGUUAACCAUAAUCGUUUGAUAUUUUACAUGAAAAAGACUUUUAGAAGUAUAUAACUAGUGUAACAUGUGUUGCUUGCCAUUUUAGACAUGUUGUUCGGAUGAAAAACAUAGAACAACUCUAUAAAUAUAUUCAUAUAAUUCUCAAUUCAACUCAGACGAUUCCGAAAAUGUGUUCCGAGGAUCUCAAAUAUGCAACUUAAAGUUUGGUUUAUUCAAGCUAAAGCAAAAAAGUAUUUCUUGAUAGAUUUGGGUCAUUAAAAUGAAUUUCCUUAUCAGUAUGAAAUUGUAAACAUAGACAGCUUGACCACAUCUUGGCAACUUUACAUUAAUUAUUAUGUAAAAAAAAUAAGAAGUAAUUAAAUAAGACUGAAAUGUAUCAUCACGUAUUUUUUAAAAAUUCCUUCUUUUCAAGCUCUUCAGUUCAGUUCUUAAGUUUUAAAAAAAAAGUGGUAAAUAAUUUGAUUUUAUAAAAAAUAUUUUUUUAAUACAGCCAGUAAACAAGUCAUUGAAAUUGGAAAUUCUCAUAUCGAAUUAUCAUAUAAGGAAUAGUCAUGAAAGAAAAGAUAAAAAAAUUAUUAUAUUAUCUUCCAUUACCAAUAUUAGACGAAGGAAUUAGAUUUUUUGGAUAUUAUAAAAAUUAUCUCAUGAAUAUUCAGGCUUAAACGCAUAAAAGAAUUGUAGUGUCUAAAAAAAAAUAUAAAAAAUUGAAGUUGAAAAAAAAACUUUUACAUUUCUAGCUAUUUUUAUUUUUAUUCUAUGUUGUUCUCAUUAGUUUUAUUGUGUGAGAAAUGAAAUUUAAUUUCAAUUAAAACAAAACAUAUAAACCAAGAUCGAAUUUCUUUAAAAUUAUUUUUAUUUUUCAUUUGUAUAUCGAUUCUGUUCAAUUUCCCAGAGAUUAAAGCAGAGCGCAUUUUAAAAUAACAUAGCAAUAUUAUUUUAUAUGUUUUUCAAGACAAACUUAAUAAAUGACAAAAAAAAGUUUUUUAUUGAUUUUUUAAAAAAGAUUUUUUUUAUAAACAAAAAAAACAUCAACUACUGUAAAAGUUACUGUAAAAAUACCUAUAGAUAAAUAAAAAU